CGAGAAGCUCAGUCAUUCGCAAACCUCGGAAUACCUGCUCCAAGAACAAUGAUAAUGUGGAUUUACAAGGCACUAUUGUGUUUGGCUUUUGUAGUUUACUCAGAAAGUAAAAGAAACUGUCUUCAGGACUACCAGAAGAGUGAUGGGGUACGUCUAAUCAGACCUGCUGGCUCCUAUCUGACAAAGAGCAAGAACCUUAGCAUGGUCAAGUGUGCCCGGAGAUGUAGUCGAAACAAGGAAAUGAAAAACAAGGAAGAAAGGUUUAUCUGCAGAGCUUUCUACUUUGACCACAUAAACAAGAAAUGCCACUGGCUCUCCUUCAACAGCCACACACCCAACAUCCAGACUGUCCAGGACUUCAACUUCAAUCUCUAUGAGAAGAAAGACUAUGUGAAACAGUGCAUCGUUGGUACUGGUCUGAACUACAAAGGAAACCAAUCUGUCACAAAAGCUGGAAUCACGUGCCAAGCUUGGUCAUCUACCAUACCCCAUGAUCACACUUUCCAGCCUACAAGGUACAGGAGAAGGGACCUUCAGGAGAACUAUUGCCGCAAUCCAGAGAACGAGCCCACGGGGCCUUGGUGCUUCACCACCGACUCCAAAGUCCGGCAUCAGACGUGUGACAUCCCACAGUGCUCUGAGGUGGAAUGUAUGAAAUGCAAUGGGGAAGGGUACAGAGGCCCCAUGGACCACACUGAGAGUGGAAAAGAGUGUCAAAGGUGGGACCUAAUGGAGCCCCACAAACACCACUUCCAUCCCAAAAGGUACCCUGACAAGGGCUUGAAGGACAACUUCUGCCGCAAUCCCGACAACCGCCUUCGCCCGUGGUGCUACACGCUAGAUCCCAAGACCCCCUGGGAGUACUGCAGCAUUAGAGCGUGUGAGUCAGACACCAGGAAUGAUGCUGAUGUGACAACAGAGUGCUUUCAUGGUCAGGGGGAGAAAUACCGUGGGACCGUUUCCAUGACAUCAAAUGGAGUGCAGUGUCAACGCUGGGACUCACAGUUUCCCCAUAAUCACUCCUACAGUCCCCGGAACUACAAGUGCAAAGAUCUGAGGGAGAAUUACUGCAGGAACCCGGAUGGGGCCGACCUGCCGUGGUGCUUCACUACUGAUCCCAAAGUGCGCAAGGCCUUCUGUACCAGCAUCCCCAGGUGUGGGGCCAAGGCCCCCGAGACAGCGGACUGCUAUGAGGACAGUGGUGAGAUGUACCGGGGACAUUUGUCCAAGACACGAUCUGGUAUUCCUUGUGGGAUGUGGGAAGAUCACAGUAAAAGGGACAGAGAUGCACCAGUGCUGACAGCUGGACUGGAGAUGAACUUCUGCAGAAACCCUGAUAAGGACAAACAUGGGCCAUGGUGCUACACUAACAACUCAUGUAUUCCCUGGGACUACUGCCCAAUAAAGCCAUGUAAACCUUCACCAAAUAUGAUCCCUGCAACGACUGACACAUCAAAGGCAUCCUGCUUUGUUCACAAAACAACAAGGAUUGUGGGAGGAACGCAGGUCAGGAUGAAGGAAGGGAGCUGGAUGGUCAGCAUACAGAAAGGUAACUUCCACUGGUGUGGCGGGUCGUUGGUACGAGAGGACUGGGUACUAACCCAUCGACAGUGUUUCUCAUCCUGCAUCCCUGACCUAACUGAAUACAGAGUGUGGAUGGGGUUCCUCUACCUCAAUGACUCCGGUGGGAAGGCAUCCGCGAAGCAGGAACUGAGGAUUGCCCAUGUCAUCUGUGGUCCGGAGGGCUCCAACCUGGCCCUCCUCAAGUUAUCACAACCUGCCCGGCUGGCAGAGAACGUGAGAACACUGCAACUCCCAGUGGCAGGAUGUGCCAUGAAAGAAGGAAUCAGCUGCACCAUGUAUGGAUGGGGGGAAACCAAAGGGACUGGCUAUGAAGGUGUGAUGAAGGCCGUGCAGUUGCCAAUAGUUAGUAAUGAGAAGUGCAGCGAGAACCACCGGGGGAAUCCGAUAACGGAGACCAACAUCUGCGCUGGGGGUCGGAAGGAUGAGGGAGUGUGCGAUAAUGACUAUGGUGGACCACUGGUGUGUCAGGAGGGCGAGAGUAAAAUCAUACUCGGCGUGAGCAUACACAGCAGGGGGUGUGCUCGACCGGGUCGUCCUGCCGUCUUCGUCAACGUCCCCUUCUACUCUCAGUGGAUACACAAGGUUUUCAGAUACUACUCCCACCUGGAAGAGAACCACUAAAGGAGCCAUCGCUGAACGUUUGUGAGACAGAUCGAAAUGAAUAAUGACAUCUGUGAUGUUUAAGUCUUGCUUUAAGAAAGCCAUAUGUUGGAAUUUGGUCAUUAUACUCUUCUACAGCCUCUUCGGUUUUCUGUGGCCUGUAUCGGCAGGGAUCAUCCAGAUAUUCAGGACAUCUGCUUACAUGGGACAUGACAGAUGAGGACAGAAUGGAAUGUGUUUUUAUUUUUUCAAUUGGAAACAUUUCCAGAUUUCCUUCUUCUGAAAGACUUAAGGUUACAUAUCCUUUUGGUUUUGGCUGCCAUAUUGAAAUGAGGGCUGGUAUCAUUCGGUAAGCUUUACAGAAAUAUUUUCUUUGAGGCCAAAACCUAGUCACAUGUACGGUAAAUAAUCCAUGUUACAGUAAGCAUUGUGUGUGUGUGUGCGUGUGUGUAUAGAAUUAUACUGGCAGUGAGAAUCAUGAUGAAUGGCAGUAGCAUCAGUGAUAGUUGUUUGGAUUUCUGUGUUAUCCCUAAAGUAUUGUCUCCUGAAAAUACUUGAAUUGUUUCAAAACCAAAAUAUUUAAUCUGUCUGUAAUUCUUGUAAGAAACUGGGUGUUUCUGAUUUCAGUACACAAUGUAUCAUUUAAAGCUGCGUGGUUUGUGUCAGAUGUUAAAUUGUGGCCGAGCAGUGUUGUACAUACUGUGGAAUAAUGAGAGCACUGCAGACACAAUGUUUUGUAGGUCUUAUAGAUCUGUAAUAUGGAAACGAUGACAGAAGCAUCUGGCUUAUCCCAUUUCUAUGUGUUAAAUUUGCAGUUAAAUCUGUUGUGUUACAUAUCCAGGGAAACCUCUUGGUAUUAUUUUUUCCCUUGUGUUUUAACAAAUGAAAUUGUUAAAUAGGUUUCUGGUAGCAGGAAACCAAAACACAUGGUCAAAUAUUUCCUAAAUAUCUGAAAUUUUGGUUCUGGUCAAUUUCUGUAUAAGAAAAAGAACAGAAAGGAGGAAGCCAGUGUCUGUGGAGAAUGUAUUUAUACAUUUGUAUUAAUGCUGUGUUGAAGAAAGUGCAUGCAUGUGUACACAAGUAACUAUUAUCUGAGGACUGCACUGCCUGUUUGCAUUCUGCUGGUCAGAAUAUAGAUGUGUGUAUAUGUGU